AUGUUUAUGAACCACUCCUGCUGGAAAGCGCAGUUCACAGAAACUCCAGUCUCCUGAGUGCAGGUAUGACGCGUUAUAACCGCUCCUACUUAUAGACGGGUAUAGCUGCGGUUACCGAGAGUCCGCGGAGCUGACAAACACACACCGGAGCUCACUGAAGCGCUGUUAGCGGAGGAGGCUUGAUCACGCGCGCGUGUGUGUCAGAGCUCAUGAACACACACAUGUGGAAGGCAGCAGCACACAGCGGAAGAUGGACAGCUGUCAAUCAACUCAUCCGCACACACUCAGAUAUGGCAGAGUUUCGUGAGGUUUUCUCCAAGGCGCGGCACAUCGCCAUCAUCACCGGCGCAGGAGUGAGUGCGGAGAGCGGCAUACCCAGCAUUAGAGGAGCUGAGGGGCGCUGGAGGACCUGGAAAACACAGGAUCUGGCGACGCCACAGUGUUUCUCUCGUCACACCAGCCGUGUGUGGGAGUUUUAUCACUACCGCAGAGAGUUGGCUCUGCGUGCGCGCGCGAGUGCUGCUCACCGGGCCAUCGCGGAUUGUGAGGAGCGUCUGCGCAGACAGAAGCGUUCGCUCGUCGUCAUCACACAGAACAUCGACGAGCUGCACCGACGCGCUGGGUCCACACACCUGCUGGAGGUCCACGGUAAUGUGUUUCAGACCAGGUGUUUGAGCUGUGGGAAUGUGGAGGCCAAUCACAGGAGCCCCGUGUGCCCAUCACUGCAGGGGAAAGGCUCUCCCGAUCCUGGCGUUCCCGAUGCGCUCAUACCUGUGCGAGAUCUGCCCAGGUGUGAGCAGAAGGCGUGUGAUGGGCUCCUGAGGCCGCAUGUGGUCUGGUUUGGGGAGACGCUGGACUCACACAUCCUCACUAAAGUGGAGAAGGAGCUGGAGACCUGUGAUCUGUGCCUGGUGGUGGGCACCGCAGCCGUGGUGUAUCCAGCAGCCAUGUUUGGUCCUCAGGUGGCGUCCCGCGGUGUUCCAGUGGCUGAAUUCAACACUCGUCCUACAGGGAACACACCGAGAUACAGGUUUCAUUUCUCUGGCCGCUGCGCAGACACUCUUCCAGUGGCUUUAGCUCCUCAUGAGUCUGAAGACUGAAGAUCUCGCUCAUCUCUUAGACGGACACAACUGGAAACAUGAGUGUGUGUGUGUGUGUGUGUGUGUGUUCUGGAAGCGUCUCCUGUGCCUUUGAGCUUCAUCUGUGUGUGUUUACAGUCAGUCAGUGCUUUACUGUUACCUUCUGAUCAUUCCUGCACAUUCACCAGCAUUAAACAAUAAAAGCAGCUCUCAUAUCAAA